UGCCGUGCCGUGCCGUGCCGUGCCGUGCCGUGCCGUGCCGUGCCGUGCCGUAUCGGGCGGAGCUGGGCCGGACCAUGGCCACCAGGGCGGCGGCGGGCCGAGCGUAGCGCGGCGGUGGGGAUGCAGCGGGGGGGCCGCCGAGGCCGCGGGUGCGGAGCAGUGCUGGGAUGGAGCCACCACGGGGCCCUCGGCCAGCUCAGCCCACCCACCCCAUCCCUGCUGCGGCCGGACCAGGGCCAGCUGCCUUCCUCUGAGGCCAUCUGAAGGGGACUGGCGAUAGAAGUGUCACUUUUAAGAUGACACGAACGGACCCACCUGAUAUCCUGGUGUCUACGGUGUACCAAGACAUAAAGGUGGCCUCCACAGCCCCCGGGGAUUCGAUUGUCCACCAGCCCCUGCCACGAUGUGAUGCCUCCAUGUCCUCCUCCCUGCCCCGCGAGCCGCAGCCCUUCAACAAACGUCACUGCAGGAGCUUUGACUUCCUCGAGUCGCUGGACGAGCAGCUGGGCACCCCCCCGGCCAUGGAGCGCCCCUGCCCACAUCCCGGCACUCCCGAGCCUGUGCCGGGGCUGCCAGGCAGGUGCGCGCCUCCGAAGCCAGACCCCUAUGGUGGCAGGGCCCCCCCGCCAGCCAGGGAAGCUUCCCGGGGUGAGCCGAAGAGGCGAGCCCGGUCCAAGAGUGCGCCACGGGUGAAGUCCACCUUCACGCCAGUGCCCAUUGCUGUCACAGCAUCACCACCGCCAGCCCGGCGUGGGCGGGAGGCACUGCGGGUGGCGCGGGAGACGUCCCGCGCCGAGCCUUCACCGCGCCGCGAGAGCCACGUGCCCCUGCGGGCGCUGGCCAACGAGGUGCACCCCAUCAAGCUGCAGCCACAGCGCAGCAGCGUCAGCCGCAUCUCCCCGCUCUGCGUGGGCAGCAACUGCUUUGAGGAGGGGUUGGGCACCAAGGUGGGCGCCAGCCCCCACGUCAAGUGCCGGGUGGAUAUCAAGCCAGACGAGGCAGUGCUGGUGCACGCCGCUCGCAGCCUGCGGGCCACACACAGCAGGCCAGAGCCACCGCGCUGGCCCCGCACGCCUGGGGCUGCCCGCAGCCUGGCAGUGCCAGGGAGCAGGCAGGUGUCCGUGUCCCGCACACCCACCCCAAGUGACUCCUACAGUGGGGAGCCCCCGCUCCUGCCCUACCCUGGUGAGUACUACGAGGCGGACCCCCGGGCGCUGGCAUACCAGACGGUGCCGGUGCCGUCCUCACGGGACUUCAGGGAGUACCCCGAGAGGGGCUGCAUGACCUUCUCAGCCCCCAGCGUCCCCACCAAGUUCUUCUACGCGGAGGAACCAGUGCGGUGCCCCAGCCCUGCUGUGCCCCUGCGGAGCUCGGGCUAUGCCAGCUACCCCUACCCCGUGCGCCAUGGCCCCCCGCAGCACUUUUAUGCAGAGGACCCAGCCAAAGCCGGUGUCCACACGGUGCCACCCCGGACGUUGUAUGUGGAGGAGGCACGGAGCUUCCCCGUGCAGGAGGCACCCACCCAUGCCUUCUAUGGAGAGGAGCCCCGCUUCUAUGCGCCCCGUGGCACCCCCAUCAAAACCGUCUACGCUGAAGAUGCCCGGACAUACCCAGCCCUUGGCUCCUCAGCCAGGGUCUUCUACGCUGAGGACUACGGGAAGUACCGUGAGCGGGAGAUGCUUUCACGGACAUGCCCCCCUCCCCGCAGCACCCAGCCCUUGCACUUUGGCGAUUGGUACUGCCCCGAGCGGAGCGCGCUGCCUUACCAGAGCUUGCAGGUGUCGCGCUUUGCCCCACAGCCAGCCGGGCGCGAGGCCAUGCUGUCCUCCUGGCACGCCAGCUACAGCACAAACCCCCCGCGGCUGGGCCGGGACAGCCAGCACUACUCCAAAUCCUGGGACAACAUCCUGGCACCUGCAGCACGCAGGGAGGACGCCCUGCAGCGUGGGCGCAGCUACGAGAACCUACUUGCCCAGGAGCAGCACCGUGCCUUAUCCCCCGAUGAGCGCCGGCAGCCGGUGGUGAUCAACCUGUCAAGCUCACCCAAGCGCUACGCCGCCCUGUCCCUCUCAGAGAGCUCCAUCCUCGAGCGCGUGCAUGCCGAUGGCAGCCGUGGCCCCCUGGGCCGCUCCUGGUACGUCACGCCAGAGAUCACCAUCACCGACAAUGACAUCCGUGCCAACGGGCUGGGCAGGAGCGAGAGGCGCUCGGCCAGCUGGGAUGUGCUGGAUGCGGGGCGGGAGCAGGCGCCCUACGCUGUGCCCUAUGCCCCACAGCCUGUCUCCAAGGAGAGCGGCUCAGCACGCCAGCGCAGUCUGGAGCAGCUGGACGAGCUCAUCACCGACCUCGUUAUCGACUACAAGCCGGCACCGGGCCACCAUGCUGGGGACAGGGACAGUGUCGCCGAGCAGCUCAAGAAGCUCCUGAGCAGCAGUGCCCCAGGGCCGCCCCGGCGGAGCGAGGGGAGGAAGGUUCCUCCUGGAGCACCUGAGGGGCUCCGGCCUACAAAGGAGCAACCAGGUCCCAGCUCCUUUGGUAGCGCCCCGCACCCCCAGCCCUCCCCGCCAGCCACCGGCACCUUUGAGAAGCCGCUGGAGAACUGCUCGCCCGACCUGAGCGCAGAGGAGGAUGACAUGAUGAUGUGCUCGAACGCCAAGUGCCGGCGGACGGAGACCAUGUUCAACGCCUGCCUCUACUUCAAGUCGUGCCACAGCUGCUACACAUACUACUGCUCCCGGCACUGCCGCCGCGAGGACUGGGACACACACAAGGAAAGCUGCGUCUACGGGCGUGUGGGCAGCGUCUGCCGCCACGUGCUGCAGUUCUGCCGGGAGAACACUGAGGUGCACAAGGCCUUCUCGCGCAUCGCCAAGGUGGGCUACCUCUCCCGAGGCCGCGGCGUGCUCUUCCUGGGCUUCCCCAACUCGGGCUCGGCUGAGAACUUCCUCCAGUUUGGCCUGGAGAGCCUGCUCAUGUCCCCCACCUACCUGUCCCUGCGGGAGCUGGACAGCUACUCGGACAACCUGGGGGACUACGCCCGGGAGCUGCGGGAGACCGGCAACCAGUAUGACCCUGAUGAAUGUUUCCUCUUGAAUGUAACCGUGGCCGUGGCCCAGAAAGUGCCAGAGAGGCCGUCUCCGAAGAUGCAGGUGCCAACGGUCAGGAAAUAUGCCAAGGUGGCCUUAGCCUCCUCCAGCCCCGAGAAGAAGAUCCCGAAGAAGGAGCGGGACAUGGAGACCUUGAUCCUGACGCCACCGCCCGGCACAGCGGACAUCGACAAGGAGGGCGAGGAGGGCCGCAAGGCGCGGGAGGUCUGCUUCAUCAACAUCCAGCGAGAGCUGCGCAUCCGCGGCGUAUUCCUGCGGCACGAGUUCCCCGCUGUCUACGAGCAGCUCUGCGACUUCGUGGAGAGCAACAAGCGCUUCACCCCCACCACCAUCUACCCCAUCGACAAGAGGACAGGCAAACAGUUCAUGUGCAUGAUCAUGGCAGCCUCCGAGCCCCGCACCUUGGACUGGGUGGCCAGCCCCAACCUCCUGGACGACAUCAUGUGAAUGCGGCGCGAGGACCGCCCCCCCCCCCCAGCCCCGUCCGACCCCUUCUGUAGACAGGCGUUUUCCCGGCGGUGCGGCGGGACUGGCACCCCCUCGCUUCCCGCGGGUGCCAGGGCAGGG